CCUGUCACAUUGCACCAUCAUUACAUGUAGGCCUUAAAAAUUCGCCUUCACUUUUACCAUAAAAGGAUAAGUAAUGAAUGAACUUUUGACUGCAGAUUAUGAAGCUGGUGUAGGCAUGAUGGGGGAAUGUAGAAAUAAUCCCAAUUCGAAUGAGAAUAAAAUGGAAAAGGAGAUGAUGGAUGAACAUGAUGAAGAUCAAAAUAUGAAUAAAUCCAAUUUUAUAAGCAAUAAUAUGGACAAGACUUCCAAUGAUAAGCCUGAAAAACAACACCAGAAACCAAGCCGUAAUGAAAAAAAUGGUGCUGUUAAAUUAAAGCAAACAAAAAAUCUUAAUGAUCAAUUGAACUCUAAAACACCUAGCCAACUAUUUAGCAGUACAAGCAAUCAACCCAAUAAACAACAAGGAACUAUGCUCAAGGGUAAUUUUACUGUUAAACAAGAUGGAAGCAUGAGAUCUCAAGAUUUACAAGCAAAUACUGAUUCAUCAGAAGGUAUUUCCAUUAAGUUCAGUGAAACUACAAAAAAAUGGCCAAACCCAAAGGAUUAUGGAUGUGAACAAGGAGCAAGAAAUGAAGAUACUGAUACAGUCCCUGCUGAUCAAAGCUUAAGGCAGGGACCUACAGUUUUAUCAGAAGAAAAAAAGAACAGGAUUAUUGUCAACAAAAGUAUCAUGCAUCCUGAAAAGGAAAAAAAGACUGAAGAGGAUCACAAUGUUUUGAGAUGGGUUUUUGGUUUUCUGAACUUAAAAGAGAAUCAGAGAGGAACGUUAUUAUUGCGAAAAAAGGAAGGCAAAGUCAAAACAAUUAUGACAAAGGAUUUUGAUACAUGGUGUCAAGGAAUUGAAAGUAGAAUAAAAGAAUCAUUAAGUUACAAACACAUAAUUGAUUUUAUAAACAUAAAAAUGAAGGAUUGGAACUCAAAAGAACAUGAAAUAGAGCUGUCUGUUAAACCUGCACCAAAUUUAAGUACACUUAACUAUUACUUAUAUUACCCAUGUACAUCAUCUGUUGAUCAAGUAGAAUAUUCCAAAGCAGUGGAACUUUUAAGUCAAGAAGGACCACCUGGUCCAUUACCAACUAUACCAAAUCGAACAUACAAACUAGAUCAUGAAGUUGAAGGCUUAAGGAAUGAAAAUGAAUACACCCAGUUUAAGGAGAUAAAGGGAGGAAAUGUUCUACACAAAUCAAAAAAGAUGUGUUCCCAUAGUAUUUCUGCAUUUGGAAAUUACAAAGGUGGUGAUAUUUAUUAUGGCAUCAAUGAUAAAACUGGAAAAGUUGUUGGUGUUAACUUAUUAGACAUUAAGUGGAAGGAAAAGGAAAAUGCAGAGGAAAGCAAAUUAGAAAGUGCAGAAGAAAGCAAAAUCGAAAGUGCAGAAGAAAGCAAAGUAGAAAGUGAAGAAGAAAGUGUAGAAGAAUUGGUAGAAAGGGCAAAAGAAUUGGUAGAAAGUGCUUUCGAGGAAAGAAUUGGGGGCAUGUUUUAUGGAAAACCUUCUCAGAAACUGAUUAGAGGAACGCAUUGGGACAUUCAAAUAUUUGAUAUUGAGGGUGGUGAGAAAAGCAUGAAAAUAAUAGCAGUCAGUGUGUGUAAAAUACCUGGUGGUGUAUUCACAGCAGUUCCUGAAUCGUACUAUGUUGAUGAUGAUGAAGUUUUGAAAAAUUAUAAAUUUGAAGAUUGGAAAUCCAAAUUGUUAAAAUCUGAUAAAGAUAUUAAACCCAGUGGUACUAUAUAUGCUGAUGAAAUUCCUUCAUAUUCUGGAAGUUGUACUCCCAGUCAAACUUCAGGAGGUAGUCCUGAUAAAUAUUAUGCAAUCCAUCCUGAUCAAAGGCACAGACAUAAAGAUUUACCAGUGAACACUUCAGAAGGUGGGUUUAACUUGGAAGUCAAUCUGGCGGCAACCUCAGCUCCAACAAGAGGUUUUAGUAUUGGAGGUGGCACACAGCUUGCUAGUACCUCAACUGGUUUCACUUUAGGAGGCAUACCUGCUGCCACCAGUGCUACAGCGGUGCCCACCCUGACAGGAUUACUGUCUGGAAAUCCACCUGGAAGUACUGGAGCCUUAGGACUAGGUGGUGUGGCCCCUAAAACUGCAGCUUCAGGUGUAUCAUUUGCACAGACAACAUUACUAGGGGCAACAACUUCUGCACCAGCAACUAGAUUAUCAUUUGGAGUAACAACUCAACCUGCAACUGAUUUAACCCUAGGUGGGUUAGCUAAAACCACCACGGGUCCAACAUUAGGUGGAAUCGCACAAGCAAAGCCUGGUUUUAGUCUUGGAGGUACAAUAAGUCAGCCAGCUACAGGACUUGGUGGGACCCCACAAACAUCAACUGGAUUUGGACUAGGUGGAACUACACCAUUACAAACUGGUCUUACCAUCGGUGCUGCUGGAAUCAAUAUUGGACAAGCUACAAGUGGUUGGUAUAACUUGGGAGUCAAUCUGGCGGCAACCUCAGCUCCAACAAGAAGUUUUGGUUUUGAAGGUGGCACUAAGCCUGCUAGUAGUACCUCAACUGGUUUCACUUUAGAAGGCAUACCUGCUGCCACCAGUGCUACAGCGGUGCCCACCCUGACUGGAUUACUGUCUGGAAAUCCACCUGGAAGUACAGGAGCCUUAGGACUAGGUGGUGUGGCCCCUAAACCUGCAGCUUCAGGUGUAUCAUUUGGACAGACAACAUUACUAGGGGCAACAACUUCUGCACCAGCAACUAGAUUAUCAUUUGGAGUAACAACUCAACCUGCAACUGAUUUAACCAUGGGUGGGUUAGCUAAAACCACCACAGGUCCAACAUUAGGUAGAAUUGCACAAGCAAAGCCUGGUUUUAGUCUUGGAGGUACAAUAAGUCAGCCAGCUACAGGACUUGGUGGGACCCCACAAACAUCAACUGGAUUUGGACUAGGUGGAACUACACCAUUACAAACUGGUCUUACCAUCGGUGCUGCUGGAAUCAAUAUUGGACAAGCUACAAGUGAUGGAUCUAGUAUAUUUGGUGCCAAACCACAAGUUACAGGUCUGGGAGGUGUUGAUCCAAAGACUUCAGCGGUUACAUCUGGUAAUCCAAAUGUCACCUCAUUACCGAAAUGUUCACUGACAGACCCUCUUAUACUAAAAGAGAAAAGGAACACAACUGCAAAAAAUGUAUAUGAGUUACAGGAUAGUGUCAGGCAGUUGUCAGAUGAGGAACGUCAUGAGCUUAUCAAAAAAUUGAUUGAGAAAGAUCAACAAUUUGUGUAUGACAACCUGGGUGGAUCAACUAAUGAACAAGAGAGAAUUAAUGUCAGACAAACGUGUCCUGAACUAGUGACUUCGAUUUGGUCAGCCUUAAUGAGGUUUUGUUGCUGUAGACAAAGAGCAGAACCACAUUAACAUGCUGCAUACACACAAUUGAUUUUGUGGAUCUUGAGAAUUAGCAGCUGGUAACUGAGGUAUCCUGUCCUGCUGUGUGUGGCAAAUACUUGACAACUAUCCUGGUCCAUUUGAACAGUACUGGAGACCUUGGAGGCUAAUUAUUUGUAAUAAAUAUUUUACAUAA